GAAUCUUCCAGGAAGUCUCCUUCCCGCGCUCCCCUCUCGGCCGAGGUGGGCCGGCCAGCUCCUCUGUCGCCUCCUCUGUCCCAGCAGGCUGACGGGACACCGGGGCAUCUGCAGGGGGGCACUUCUCCGGCUCAUCCCCGGCAGGUGUUCCUGAACCUUCCCCGUGGCAGCCGGCCUGGGGCGCGACCACCUCUCCUUCCGGCCAGGCCGGGGGUUGGGGCGCAGGGCCCGCGGAGGCGGAGGGGAGCCCAGGCGGGCAAGCAGGCAGGAACCAGGCUUUGCAAAGGCUCAAACCAGAGGAAAUCGCAGCAUCGCGGCCCGGGGGGCGGAAUGAAAGACUCUGCGAGUCGCCAGGAAUUUGACUCUGUGAGCUGGUUUCCAAGAGGCUAAGUUAAGCUUCUCCAAGUGGAUAUUAAAAAGGAGCAGCCAGACAAGAAGCCCCGGGCGGAGGGGCUGGAGGGGGUGGAGAGAAGGCGCCGGAAGCCACUCGCCGCCGCACCUCGGGAGCCACCGCACAAAGCCCCCGCCGCCGGUCCUCGGACGGAGGACCCCGGGACUGCGGGAGCCUUUCAAGGUCCACUCUGGCCCGCACUCCGCCUCUUCUUUUUAUUUCUCUCCUUCGCUCCCUUUCCCCUCCCCGUUCCAAGAGACAAUGCUACUUCAGUUUGGAGCACAAACAUAUGAUCAGCACAUGGAAAUGUGGUAAUUUGGAUGCAUUCGUGAUUGCAACAGAUUGAAGAAAUUAGACCAGACAAAGAGUGUUUUUGGAGGAGGAGGAGGAGGAGGCAGAAAGAGGGAGGGCGACAGGGUGAGAAAGGGGAGGACGUCUCUGGAAAGGGGGACGCUGGGACUCCCGCCUGCUGCUAAAUAUAUCCGUAAUGAUGGAGAGAGACCGGAUCACAGCCUUGAAAAGAUCUUUUGAGGUCGAGGAGGUCGAGACGCCCAACUCCACCCCACCCCGGAGGGUCCAGACGCCACUGCUCCGAUCCUCGGUGGCCAGCUCCACACAGAAAUUCCAGGACCUGGGUGUGAAGAACUCAGAGCCUGCAGCCCGCCAUGUAGACUCCCUGAGCCAGCGAUCCCCCAAGGCCGCCCUGCGGAGGGUCGAGCUCUCCGGGCCCAAGGCCGAGCCCGUGUCUCGGCGCACCGAGAUCUCCAUCGACAUCUCGUCCAAGCAGGUAGAGAACGCCGGCACCGCUGGGCCAUCCCGGUUCGGGCUCAAGCGGGCCGAGGCGCUGGGCCACAAGACGCCGGAGCCCGCCCCCCGGAGGACGGAGAUCACCAUAGUCAAGCCCCAGGAGUCAGGCCACCGGAGGAUGGAGACCCCCGCCUCUAAGAUGCCCGAGGUGCCCACUGCCCCUGCUGCUGACACAGCCCCCAAGAGGGUCGAGAUCCAGGUGCCCAAGCCAGCCGAGGGGCCCGCCUCCCCCAUCCCACCCCAGACCCUGGAGAAUUCAGAACUCGCCCCGAUGUCUCAGCUGCAGAGCAGGCUGGAUCCCAAGCCCCAGCCCCCCGUGGCCGAGAUCCCACCCAAGAGCCAGGAGGCCACCGAGGCAGCUCCCAGCAGCGCUGGCGACAUGGCUGACACCCCCAGAGAUGCCGCGCUCAAGCAGCCGCCUGCGCCACGGAACGAGAAGGCCUCCGUGGACUUCGGCUACGUGGGGAUCGACUCCAUCCUGGAGCAGAUGCGCAGGAAGGCCAUGAAGCAGGGCUUCGAGUUCAACAUCAUGGUGGUGGGGCAGAGCGGCUUGGGAAAGUCCACCUUGAUCAACACCCUCUUCAAAUCCAAGAUCAGCCGGAAGUCAGUGCAGCCCACCUCGGAGGAGCGCAUCCCGAAGACGAUUGAGAUCAAGUCCAUCACACACGAUAUUGAAGAGAAGGGCGUCCGCAUGAAGCUGACAGUCAUCGACACGCCGGGCUUCGGGGACCACAUCAACAAUGAGAACUGCUGGCAGCCCAUCAUGAAGUUCAUCAACGACCAGUACGAGAAGUACCUGCAAGAGGAGGUCAACAUCAACCGGAAGAAGCGCAUCCCGGACACCCGCGUCCACUGCUGCCUGUACUUCAUCCCCGCCACCGGCCACUCCCUCAGGCCCCUGGACAUCGAGUUCAUGAAGCGCCUGAGCAAAGUGGUCAACAUUGUCCCAGUCAUCGCCAAGGCCGACACGCUGACCCUGGAGGAGAGGGUCUACUUCAAACAACGGAUCACUGCGGACCUGCUAUCCAAUGGCAUUGACGUGUACCCCCAGAAGGAGUUUGACGAGGACUCUGAGGACCGGCUGGUGAACGAGAAGUUCCGGGAGAUGAUCCCGUUUGCUGUGGUGGGCAGUGACCACGAGUACCAAGUGAAUGGGAAGAGGAUCCUUGGAAGGAAAACCAAGUGGGGUACCAUCGAAGUCGAGAACACCACUCACUGUGAGUUUGCUUACCUGCGGGACCUCCUUAUCAGGACACACAUGCAGAACAUCAAGGACAUCACCAGCACCAUCCACUUCGAAGCCUACCGCGUGAAGCGUCUGCACGAGGGCAGCAGCGCCGUGGCCAACGGCGUCGAGGAGAAGGCACCCGAAGCCCAGGAGAUGUAGACACCGCCCGCCCCGGGACCCUACCCCGAGUCUUUACCGUCUCCCGCCACCCCCCCCAUUUUUAUUUUAUAUAAUUUUCUCCGUGUGUCCUCGAUCUCCGCCCCUUCACACCUGCCAAGUAACAAGAUGACGAGCGCCCUCUGAGUAUGUUUGUUAUUAGCCCACUGACUACGGGGACCAGGACUGGGAGUGGGGGGGGAGCUUGGAGUGGGGGGCGGCUCUCUGGCCCUCCCUGAGGUCCAGAAGGGGCUGGAGGACCACUGACUCAGUUCCCGACCCUGCCCUCACUCCAGGCCCCAGGAGUGGCCCCCAGCUCUUAGAGCCCCUGGAGCGUGGCGGGGUGGUGCCCGCGGGAGGAUGGGACCCUGCUGGUGGACCUGGGGCCCCUUCCUGCCCCCGCCUCCCUACACGCCGCUGGGGAGCCCCUGAGCCCACCCCUAGGGGAGAGCAGUUCAUUCCACGAGAUCCAAGUUGCCCGUUGGCUGCUGCCCGCCCGCCCGCGAGCCUGUCCUGGAGCAGAAAGUGCCUUUAUCUCAGCCGUCCACACGAGCCACCAGCUCUCCGCAGCUGUCCCCUCGGGCGGGGAACUGGGACAAGGUGGAGAGAGGGAGAUAUGUCUUUAUCUCCCGUUAUGUCCCGCCCCCUUCCCCACCCCCGCUGGAAUUUGAGGAUUCAAAGGAAGCAAAAGAUGCACCCUACCCUGCCCUGAUUUUUGGGAAGGUCCAAGCGAGUGAAUCUGGUAGAGGAGCUAAGGAGGAAGUCAAGUGCUGGCAGGUACCAGAAGGAAGUGGGGGGCGGGGGGCUCUCGUGGGCCUGGUGCCGGCCCUGCCCCCACCUUGUGUGACCAGGGAAGUGUAUCUGUCUGUCUAGACAUCCAUUUGGCCCGAGACACUCUGGUUAAGUGAAUGCCCAGUUGGCCGCUCCAGACAUACAGCCCCCCUGACCGAGGCCUGGCUGACACCACGACCAGGGAGGUGGGAGGCCAGGCAGACCUGACUGUGUGUUGCCCGGAUGUGCCUGGGGCCCUGCACCUCCCCUGCCCCCAGAGCCCAUCAUAAAGACCCCCAGAGAGGGACUGAUCAGGGCUCAGGUAUCCACGGCCCACAGUCGGGCUCCACGUCCUCACGGCCCCGGGCUGGGGAGCUCAGACACGGGUCAAUGAUCCGUGACCCUCUGCAGGCCCCAGGCUGGCUUCUUGCCCAUGAGAAGGUGGGAGGGGUGGGUGCAGACUGGUGUGUGUGUGUGUGCGCGCGCGCAUGUGUGUAGGUCAUUGCUUCGUGUGUUUACUCCCUCCCCACCUAAGAGAGGAAGGACCCCUUAGUAGAAACAGUUUACUUGCCGACUUGCCAUUUUUGCCAAAACCAAGAUGUUGAAGGAUGCGUCCGUCGCCAGCGUCGGGGUCCCGGCCGUGGACCAGUCCAGCCGGCCCGUCUUGGGACGCCUUCGCUUCCUUCUCUGUAGCCAGAUUUUUGAAAACUUGUUAGUUUCACUGGGAUCUGUUCCACAGUGGCCUUUCGCUAUGUGCCUCCUGAGAAAUUCGUCUCUUUUUGUAUAAAUAACAAAGUGUUGAAAAUGUAUUUCCUGAAAUAAAUGUUCCAAAUGCAAACCCGGAA